AUGGCUACCCCCUCCGGGCACCUCCUCCUUAAGCUGCUUGUUUGCACGGUGCUGGUGCUUAUGGUGGCGGCUCUUGCGCCCAAGGCUGAAGAGGGAACCCUCGUUUGUGAUAUUAUUCAGGUGCAGGAAACCAUGUGGGCAUGCAGACCAUACAUCUUUAAACGUGGGGAGUUGACUAAAGCUUGCUGCAAUGGGGUCAAGACCGUCUACAGAAAUGUUAAGACCGCCGUUGACCGCCAGGCGGCCUGCGAGUGCAUCAUAGAUUUAGCCCCGUUUAAUCGUACUAGUGAAACCCGGAUUGCUGGCCUUCCUACCAAGUGUGGGAUUCCCAACAAUAACUGCACAAUAUGA